AUGUCAAAGGAGUCACGUGUCAUACAUAUAGCACACAGUGCUACCGAAUUGGAAGCAGCAUUAAUAACUAUAAUAUGUCACAUUCAGGGUAAUGAUUUUCAUGAAGAAAUCAAACAACUGAAGAAACAAGGCCAUGUUGAUAAAUCUAGUUCAAUCAGUAGUUUAUCUCCAUUCAUUGAUAAUGCAAAUGUUCUUAGAGUAGGAGGACGCUUAGAAGCCUCAUCAUUACCAUACGAUUCUAAACACCCAAUGUUGAUCCCAUACAAUGAUCCAUUGGCAAAAUUAUUAUUCGUAAUGUUCCAUGAAGAAAACAAGCACUGUGGCCCGCAGGCACUAUUGAGUAUAGCACGACAACUUUUUGGGCCGAUUAAAGGUAAAUCAACAGCCCGAGCAACGGUUCAGCAAUGCAUUCGAUGCAACAAAGCACGUCCGCAACUAUGCCAACAAAUUAUGGGGAAUCUACCAGAAUCAAGAAUAACUCCUGCAAGACCCUUUAUUAAUGCUGGUGUAGAUUAUUGCGGACCAUUUUGGAUCCACUACAAGGUGAGGGGCAAAAAGCCAACAAAGGCAUAUAUUGCUGUCUUUUGUUGCUUUUCUACAAAGGCGGUACAUCUCGAGUUAGUGACCGACUUAUCAACAAAUGCUUUCAUUGGAGCAUUAAAACGAUUUAUAAGUCGACGAGGGCGUUGUUUGAAUAUUUACAGUGAUAACGCAACAAACUUCGUAGGCGCCAAAAACCAGUUAGCAGAAUUAGAAGAAAGCAUUUAUUCUAAUGAAGGACAAGAAGCAAUAAUCUCUGCCUGCAGUACCACAGGAAUAAACUUUCAUUUUAUUCCACCAAGGGCUCCACACUUUGGCGGUUUAUGGGAAGCAUCCGUAAAGUCCGCAAAAUAUUUGUUACUACGCAGCGUUUCAACAGCAUCAUUGACGUAUGAAGAACUCGAAACAGUAGUGAUGGAAAUUGAAGCGAUAUUAAAUUCACGACCAUUGACUCCAAUGUCCAAUGAUCCAACUGAUUUGACAGCAUUAGCUCCAGGACACUUAUUAAUUGGAGAAGCUCUUACAACUCAUGUAGACAGCCGAUCAAAACCAGAAAAACACACGUUAUUGUCACGUUGGAACCUAGUUUCCCAGUUAAAACAUAAUUUCUGGAAACGCUGGUCUAACGAAUAUCUGAUGGAACUGCAACAACGUAUCAAAUGGAAAACACAAUCUGCCAACAUACAGUUAGGAGACAUGGUUAUAAUCAAAGAAGAUAACGUCCCAGUGAUGCAGUGGCCUUUGGGACGAAUUGUACAUGUGUACAAGGGUACAGAUGGACGUAUCCGAGUAGCUGACGUUAAAACAUCGACAGGCAUUUUGAAUCCAUUGUUAUUGACACCAACACAAUUACAAAAGGAAGUUAAUCAAAUCAAACUUCAUUUAUCACCAUCAUUAGAAUUACCGAUGCCAAAAGAUGAGUUAAUAUCCCUUUACAGACUAAUGAAGGUUAAAGGUGGAAUCACACAGCAGCAUGCAGUUUUUAGUAUAACAUUACCCUUGAUUGAACAUGAACGAUUUGAAUUGUUUCAGCUAAUUCCAAUCCCGAACUGGGUAAAUGACUCCUGCAGUUCUAUUUUGGCUAUUAAUACGCAGCAUGAUCAAUAUUUUCCUCUUAUAAAAUCCGAAUUAAGUCUUUGUGAGACCAUUAAGGAAGAGGAAUUUCCUUGCACCAACGUUCGCAUACGAUACAAUUUUGGUUCCGAAGUAUGUGCGUGUGAGGUCAACCUAUUCAACAACAACACAAUACCAAAUAGUCGGUUGAAGCACACUAUCAACAAGCUGACCUGGAUUCCAUUGAAUCACAAAAAUCAAUGGAUUUAUGCGACAUCAACAUCUUCACGAGCAACUGCAGUAUGUAAUAAGGAAAUCAUAUCACUAAAUCUAAAAGGUUCAGGUUUAUUGACGAUCGAUCCAGACUGCGUGCUUAAAGACAACUUCGUUUCCAUGCAAGGACAACAAAUAAUUGCAAGCACGGCAAGAUAUUCAUACAGUAGUCUUGAUACAAUCUCCGAAUUAAGGCUACAACCCCCUAUGAAGACAUCAGAUGCUUACAGCGGCAACAGUACACUGUCAACGGUACGCAACAACCAAUACGAUCAACAGCUUAAAGAACUCACAGUAUUGCAGAAGGUGUUACAGUCAUACCAGAUAAAUGAUCUUCCAAAUCAAUUUCAGUCACACAAGUACUACAGCUUCACCAUAGCUUACGCUGCACUCGUUAUAGGGCUGAUAUUAAUCAUAAUCAUGAUGAAGAAGAAAUUGCAGAAAAAACAUGUUGAAAUUCCAUCCGAUGAAGAAGCGACUCGCACGACACCUAUACCCAUGCCACGUCGACAAUCACAAGAAUUCGUCAUCAACAUAUAG